CACAGUUAUUUUCUAAUCCACCUAACGGAACAUUGAGCAACUAGUACAUAAAUUUUCUCAUGUUGGAAAUAAAACUGAAAAUCGCAUGCGUGAAGUUCAGUUAAAUUUACAACAUGGUGGAACGUAGGAAAAACAGAAAACGUAAAGACGAUGGAAGUAAUCCAGAGUCAACGGUACCGGAAAAAGCAUCUAAAGAAGAAUACGCAGUGGCAAAAUGGAUACGCAACAAUGUACCAUCGAAAAAAACAAAAUUUGAUCGCAAUCAUAUUGUUGAAUAUUUCACUGGUGCACGCGCUGUUGAUGCAUUACUUGACAAUUCACCAUGGAGUAAAACAUUAUUUGAAAAUCGUCAACAAGUCGUUGAUUUUCUUGAUUUAAUGUUAAGACACAAAUUUUUUCAUCGUGCGAAAAAAGUCAUUAUCACCGAGGAUGAACUUUGUAAAAUUCGUGGUAUUAAAAAAAAAUCAAAAGAAACAAAAGAUGAUAAAAAAUCAUUAGAUAAAGAAAAGGAGAAGGAAAAAGAAAAGGAAAAAGAUAAGGAAAAGGAGAAAGAUAAGGAAAAAGAUUUGGAAAAAGAAAAGACUAAAGAUGAUAAAGAUGAAAAGGAGACAAAGGACAUUGAAGAAAAACCCGAGGAGAAAAAAAAGAAACCGAAGGUUCGUCUUGAAAUGCACAUGAAUCAAUAUUUUGCUGAUUGUUGCGAUGCCUAUGUUUGGAUUUAUGAACCAAUACCAGUUUAUUAUUGGUUCUUUGGUACACUUUUGGUACUUGGUGCAAUAGGGGUUUGUCUAUUUCCAUUGUGGCCACUAACAGUGCGUCAUGGAGUAUGGUAUUUAAGUAUAGCGGCAGCUGGAUUUUUGGUAUUUAUUUUGGCGCUAAUGGUAUUACGUAUAAUGGUCUUUUGUCUUCUUUGGCUACUCACAUUUGGCAGGCAUCAUCUUUGGCUAUUGCCAAAUCUCGUUGAGGACGUUGGCUUCUUUGCCUCGUUCUGGCCUCUCUAUCAGUAUGAAUACUGUGGUCCAUCGAAUGCUGAUAAAAAAUCGUAUAAAAAGAAAAAAAAGAAGAAAGACAAGGAUUCUGAUAGUGAGGAUACUCCUUUAAUGCAAGCAGAGGAAAAAUCGGAAUCAUCGGAUUCAGCAAAAGAAGUGGAAUUAAUGCAACAAGAGUCAAAUGAAAGCACUCAAGGAAUUGAAACAAUAGUAAGCCAAGAGGGUAGUGAAGAAGGUUCCGAAAGUGAUAAAUCCAAUUCAGGCGGAGAUUUUGUAAUGCUUUGAGAUUAGUGCCUAAUUGACAGAGAAAAAAAAAAAAAUUUUUUUUCUUUUUUUUUUAAAUAAAUUAGUUAUUUAUCUCUCUUUUAAUGCCCAAAUGCCAAUAACGCCAACAAGUCCAAGAAACAAAUUAUGAACGCAUAAAAUAUAUUUUUUAUCAAGUCGUAAAUUUUCUUUUUUUAUCAAUUUUUUUUGAGAUCUUGUUGCAAAAAAAGGGAAAAGAGGAAAGUGGAGAAAAAAAAAAAAUACAAAAGUCUGUGACAGUAGAAAAAAAAAUUUCGAAAGUACGAUGUGUACAAUUUAGUGAAAAAAAAACUCAUAUCUACGGCCGUCGUGUUAAGAAUCGCGACAAAUCUAUUUUUCCGUCCCCACACAUCUCCUCCUUUCCUGGAAAAAACUAUUUUUC